AUGAUGGCCUUCUGCGACUAUUGCGAUCGUUACUUCUCUAAUGCGCAUGCCUUGAGCCAGCAUCUCCGUUACUCUGACAAUCACAAUUUCCCCUGCUGGUCUUGUGGAGUGGAGUUUUCGACCCGCACAGGUCUCAAAGAGCACUACGUUCAAAGCCGUAACCAUGCUUAUUGCCAAUACUGUGAUGAGCACUUUGAAGACCGUGAGGACCUUAUCGAUCACAAUCACGAUAACCAUAGCUAUUGCCCGUCUUGCAACAAGGUAUUCAAGAAUGAUUUUGGUCUGCAUGAGCAUAAUCGUCAGGUCCAUCAUUAUUGUGUAUCGUGCAAAAGACUCUUUGUGUCUGCCAGCAAUUUGCAGGCUCAUAUGAAUUCGUCCACCCAUCGCCCCAGAGAUGUGGUGUGCCCCUUUCGCGGUUGUGCACAAGCAUUUGUUUCCAAGUCUGCUCUCGUACUCCACCUUGAGUCUGGAAAGUGUCAAUCAGGGGUAGACCGUCGCACCGUCGAUCGAUACGUUCCGGCUUGGAAUGGAGCAUUCUUCGAAUGUUACUUGUGCCACACCGAAUUCAGGUCGUUGGACGCCCUGAACCAACAUCUGGCCAGCCCAUUCCAUCGAGAGAAGGUUUACAGGUGUCCGCUGACCAGCUGCCGUGUGCAGUUCGUGACUCUCAGCGCUUUAUGUCAGCAUGUCGAGAGCGAAAAGUGCGGUGUGGCGAGGUUCAAAUCUGUUCAAAACACUAUGGACAAUAUGUUCAGCAAGAUGGGACGAUUGACCAUGAAUUAA